AUGGCUGCCUCCAAGACGGUUCACGUGCCCCACCUGGGCGGCAUCGAAGUGGGCUACGAGAUGCCCUUCCCCUACGACGCGGCCAAGCCCACCGUCAUCCUCGUCAACUCCAUGUGCACGACGGCCAGCCUCUACCUGGAGCAGUUCAAGAGCGAGACGCUCAAGAGCCUCGUCAACCUGCUGGCCAUUGAGCCCCUGGGCCACGGCCGCACCGUCAGCAAGUCCGAGCACUUCACCUACUGGGACUCGGCCGCCAUGAACAUCCAGGUCAUGGACGCUCUGGGGAUCAAGAAGGCUUUUGCCCUCGGCACCAGCCAGGGCGGCUGGGUCGUCGCCCGCAUGGCGCUGCUCGCCCCCGAGAGGAUCGAAGGCAUCAUGCCCCUCGGCACGUCGAUGGACUACGAGUCGUCGUACUCGCGCACCAAGCGCUGCUGGGAGCCGACGUCGAUUCUGGCGCCGUUUGCGGAGAAGUGGACGAGCGCCACGCCCACGCACGACUGGCUCGUCGACGACGUCUGGUGCGGCAUGGUCGCCUCCAUUGGCUUCGGCGAGGAGGCCACCGAGGACCUCACCAAGUUCUGGAUCAACACCCUCAAGGACGUCUACAAGGGCGAUGUUGGCCGCAUGAAGGCCCGCAUGGCGGUCAUCUGCCUGCUUACGAGGGAUGGCCUGCUUAUGCGCGUCGGCGAUAUCAGGUGCCCCGUCUACUGGCUCCAGGGUACCAAGGACGUCCCCUUCGGCACCGAGCUGCCCAAGGAGCACAUCAAGCUCUUCACCCGCUCCCCCGAAGCCCGCCUCGAGUUCAUCGAGGGCGGCAACCACUACCUCAACGCCACCCACCCCAAGGAGGUCGAGUCCUUCCUCGUCGAGAUGGUCCGCAAGUACCACCGCGCGUAA